CGGUUGUGUUUCCUAUCGAAGUCUUCACUCUCAGUUUUUCUUUCUUUCAACUCGUGCACUAAUCGUUGACGCUCGUCAACUCCCGUGUCGAUUCUCGUGUAGAGACGCACGCUAUAUCGCUAUAUUCUACGCAAUUAGUCUCUGGACAAAGGACCUUUAUUGUUACGUCGCUCGUCUCCGUGAAGGUUUUUCUGGCCAUUAUAUGAACGACUCUUUCAAAUUACUUCGAAAAGGAAUAUAAAUCUUUUUGGUGCUAAAAAUUAAAAAAAUUUGAGGACAACUCCUACACCAAAAUGGCAGCAGCAAUUGAUCUCUUAGAGAUGACGAAGAUGGUAUCAGCAAAUAAUUCUCGUUACCCAUCCGGAAAGGACCCAACCAUUUAUAAAUUGAUUUCCGUGCAUUUUUACUCUAUAAAAUCAAGUAAGACUAGCUCCGUUGAAAUUAUUUUGCAAGAAGAUCCUCAAAUCGCGUGCACUUUAAAUCUUCUUUACUCGGAUGAAUGCGUCCGCAUAAACAUGAACUUCAAAUCUAAGGAUCUAAGUCCAAAACUCAAGUACAAGGCCUCACUUUAUUAUUUAAACUGGGACCAAAAAAUGACCCUUCUAGAGAGUUUGAAUAUGGAAAAUAUCACGAAAGAUUCUGUUUAUCAUUUUUCACUUCCGCUCAAAUGGUUCAUUAAUGAUAAAGACAUUAUUCGAAAAAUUUUGAUUAAUAAUCACUGGUUUUUAUAUUGCGAGAUUACAAGGAAAGACGAAAUUAUAAUGCCUAGAAUGAAAAUCGAAAAUCCUGAAAGCGAAAUGGCGAGCAAUUUUUCUCUACUUAUCGAAGAAGGUGGUCAGUAUUGCGACGUAAGGAUUACUUGUGGGGAUAUGAAAUUUAACGCGCAUAAAUUGAUUCUUUCGGCUAGGUCUUCCGUUUUUAAAGAAAUUUUCAAAACUGAUAUGAAAGUGUCGAAAGUAAUAGAAAUAACAAGCGAUGUUGAAGCAGACAUUAUGGAUCAUUUAUUACGGUUCAUUUAUUCUGAUUCUGUCAAUAAUUUAGAAACAGGAGAGGCAGAAAAACUGCUUGCAGCAGCUAAUACGUACAUGUUAGAAAAUCUCAAGGUAAUUUGUAUGAAAGAAAUAUCUAAAUCUGUCACAGAUAUCGAGAAAGCUUUCGAAAUCCUUGCAAUUGCUGAAAAAUAUAAUGUGAACGGGUUUAAGAAAAUUGCGUUAAACUUUAUAAAAAAUAUUGGAAAGAGUUCCUAAGAUUUGGGUCCACUCUCUUUACAUUUUGUAAGCUGUGACUUCUUCGAUAAGUUAAGAUUUAUUUUAAAAUUAUAUUUUUUAUUAUUUGCGUCGACUUAAUCGUUCAUGUUGGAAUAAACGAAUUAUUUAGUAAUCAUCGAUUCAAUAAUGCGCAUUAAAACGAAGUUUUACCCCCACUUUAAGUUUUAUAAGGUUUAAUCGAAAGAUGUAAAAAAAUUACAUUUAUAAGUAUGUAAUCACAUUUAAAGAAACUAUAUUUUGUAAUAAUGUAUGAAUUAUGCAUAUUAAAG